AUGGAUACUAAAGACGUUUACGGUGGUGAGAGUUGGAAUUCAUAUAGUCAGAUAAGAACUCAGGGCUAUUGGUUAUCCAGUCUUUUUCAUUACACAAGUAAUAUCCUCUUUCAGUUGUUUUACUUCCUCAAGUGCCUCCCAUUCAAGGUCACAUGUUUUCAAAACAUUGACAAGUUCGGGAUUGAUUACAAGCUUCAGUUGUGGUCAGAAAACUGUGGAAGUUCUCCACUUUUAGUGGUAGCUAAGUAA